UGUAUGCAACCACGUAAAUCACCUGCAUAUUCAGACAUUUCGUAGUCCUUGCAGCGUUUGGUGCAGCAAGAAGGGAACAACAGGAAGGCGAGGAGAGAUGAUAAUCCGUCCCCCCCACCUCUCCUCAAGCAGUCAGAGCCAGACGGAGUGUUUACCAUGAGCCGAGCUUCCACUCAGUUGUAGUUUCUAGAUGAGUGAUUCAUGUUUUCCUCCCAUUGGAUCGCAGUGGCUGCCGGAGCCGCACGUGCCGUGACGGGGACAAACAGUGAAGACAUUAGAGGGAGCGAGGAGGGACUCGGGAGUGAGGAGGGUUUCAGUCCACUUUCCACUUCCUAAACAGACCGAGACCACCUCUAACGGAGAAAUGGGGUGUAGGCUCCCAAAGCUGAGGAAGGCCGAGGAAAGGCGUAGCCCUGGCAACAUCUACUCCACCCUAAGACGGCCUCAAGUGGAGACUAAAGUUGGAGUGGCCUACACCUACCACUUUCUGGAUUUCCUGUUGGGGAAAGAAGAGGUGUCGGUGUCGUCUGUGCUCUGCCUGUCAUCGGUCAGAGAGCUGCCGGUUCAGGUCAGGGAACUGUACGCUCAGGGCUUUGUCCUGGUGGCAGUCCACCCCUUCGUCCAUCCCUGCGGCCCUCGCCAUGCUGACAUCCAGCGCCAGCUCCACCGGGCCGUGUUGGUCCGAGAGACGCAAAGUCCAGAGAAAAGCCAGCUGAGGUGGGCGAGAAACCGUCUGGAGACGGAGGUCUGCGUGGCCAGUCAACAGGCUGCUGACCCGGAAGCCAUCCAGAACUAUGUUAAGAAGAUCCAGGAUGUGGCAGAGCAAGGGAUGAUGUUUGUGGGCUUUCUACAACAGCCGGGCGGAGGGCCGUAUUUUUUGGGACCCUGGGACCCAGAGGAGCUGUCGUCCUUGCAUUCAAGCCCGUCGCCAAUACAUCGGCAGCCUUUCAGCACCAAUACGAGCCCAACGGAGCCGAACCUGAACGGUGAAGAUGCUGAUCUCUGCUGCUGUGAAUCACAAGAGUCGGAUUAUGGGGCUGUAGAGAGUGUCAAACAGGAUCAAAACUCCUCAGCGUCCAGAAAACCAAACUUCAGCCUCCUGAAGCACCCAGUAAACUCUCCUCAUAACCUAGAGGAGCUUUGUGAUCAAAUAAUAACCUCACAGAUUGGUGCCAAGGACUUCAAUAAACCUCAUAAUCACAUCAAACCUGAAGCUCACAACAUGGCAGAAGUCCAGGGCAAACGGUCAAAUAUGAGCCUACCAGAAACGACAGUCACAACGAGGCUGCCAGAGUGUAGAUCACAAGAGACUAAACAGCACUUCACUGCAUCCACAGAGAAACAAAGGAGAGUUUCCAGCCCAGACAGCUGGCUCAGCUCUCCAGAUCUGGAUUGUAACCAUGACAGAAGAUCUAACUCGACGCAGACAGAUGGGCAAAGACGCGUGACAACACAGAACAACAAUCACAUCAGGCUGACGAAUUCUGGGAAUGACACAGGUUCAAGCUCACCGCCGGCACAGGCUAGGAUGCAGCUGUUUGCACUGUACAACCACACAGAAGAGCCCGACACGUCCCUGAGGUUCUACUCUCUCAGGGUGCCUCUUCAUGUUCAAAAGGAGGCGGAGGCGAUCACCGACGUUGAUGCAAACUGGCUCGACCACAUGACUCAGCACUUUAGCAGCGGGGCGCAGCUCAUUGAUGGGUUUUUCCACCUCGCAGACGACCAUGACAGUGGCGUUUCAUCUGUGGAUAGCGUUUUCAUCUUCCAGAGCUCCGCGGAGGAGACCACAGACACCUCCUAUGACGCCAUCGUGGUUGAGCAGUGGACUGUUAUAGAUGGCGUUGUGGUGAAGACUGAUUACAUCCCGCUGCUCCAGUCCUUAGCUCCAUAUGGAUGGAGACUGAUGUGUGUGCUGCCAACACCCAUUGUCAGAACAAACAGUGAUGGAAGUUUGUCGACUAAGCAAAUCCUUUUCCUUCAGAGACCCAUUUUGCAACGCAGGAGAAAAGACUUCAAGAUGCUGAACCUCAGAGGUCGCAGCAAGGCAAAGAAACACUCAGCCGGGGAGGCGCUAGACGAGCAAGAGAACAAGUCCCUCGUGAUAGAGACUGAGAUGGACAGGCUGAGGAUCAACGAAGAGGAAGAGGAGGCGGAGGGGAGGAAGAGAGGGGACAGCGGAAGGAGCCAAAGAGCGGGCCUUCAGAAGGGCGGAGACGGGGCGCAGCAUCAAAAGGCCUUCUCCCUUCUGCUGGAGCGCAGGGCUUCUGUCGAAUAUCAAGAGGAGGAAACCGACGUCGACGCCGUGCCGCUGCCCAGGCAGGAGAAGGCGGUGAGGUGGACGGAUUUCUGUCCGGGUGACGAGAGGGGGAUGAAGGAAAAGGUCAGGGUGGAGGAGCGCAUCAAACAGCAGCUGUUCUCCGGCGUUUGUUGACGUAACUGCGAACGGAGGGAAGGAAGAGCUUUUAAAUGUUCAGUUUGAAUUCCUGUGGAAGAACUAGUCUGGAGGAAAGCAUAUACGGUGCUGUGAAAAAGUAUUUGUCCACUUGGAAGUUCUCCAACAAAGUGAAACCGUAAGAAAUCUGUAAUGGGUAAACACCUUUUUGGAGGACUUUGGUACAUUUAUCUUGUGUUCAUUUGGUGAAGCUGCACUGUAGAGUUCCCUGCUUUGUUUUAGUGACUGUUUUAGUAAAAAUUGUUAGAGAUGUACGGUGCGGUACAGCUUUUCCUGCCAAUGCCUUAAGUAGGACAUAUGUUAGGGGAUUUUCUUUUUUUAUUUUACGUUUGCUAUCUAUUUCGGGCUAAUGUCAUCAAUUUGCCCUAUUGUCGACCACUUCACACCUGUAAACCAACCAGCUAGUAUCAACGUCCUUAGUCAAUCCAUAGCAGUUUCUUCUUCUGGUAUUUAAAUAUUUUGAUGAAUUAUGGAGACAAAUAAUCACAUCACAAAACCCUUAAAUUUCUCAUAGAAACUAGUUUAUUUAAUACAAUGCAAAUUAUUUUCUGAAGAAAUAGAUUAUUUAUUAGUGUGACUUGUGGUUGGUAAAAAAAAAAUAAAAAUAAAUAAAAAUAAAAAUCAACCAGCGGCAACACAGUUGGGGACAAAAAGAUCCAAACUGCAAAAUGUCAAAGGGCCGAAAUGACCCCCAUGAGGAACUCCUGAAGAUGACCUUUGCCCCUUUUCACUGUUUCUAACGCUGCUAUGAAGACAUGUUGUUUUGUAAAUAAAGAGUGAGUUUCUUAGUUGUAGUCCAGGUUGUAAUCAUCAUAUGCGGUGAAAGGUAAACAUUUUCUCAUUUGGGACUGGGAGUUUGAAGUUCACUCACAGUACAAAUAAAUGUAAAUAAAUGUUAAUUUAUUUGUACUGUGUCUUGCAAACGUAUUGUCGCUCUUUGAGCAUCGUCAUGUUUUUUUUUUUUUUUUUACUUUUACAACUUUAAACUUGGAUUUAUUAUAUUUUCAGUAACAGUCACAAAGCUGCGUGCCACUGUUGGGUGGAAAAAAAAAAAAAAUGCAACUUGGUUUCCAAAAUUUCGAAACACUCCAAAAAAUGCGUGCCGUGCGUUUCUUUUCAGCUUUUCUGCUUAAUCACCUUCCACUGCACAUAAAGUGGCAGGACUGAUGCCACUGAUGGACUGAUGGGGGUAUGGAGCUACUAAAUUUACACAUCAAAACACUGAAAUGCUGCCUCUACUGUUUUGCCAUGGCGUGUGUCCAGUGCAUUAUGAAGGGCUAGUUUCCAUUUUGAAUGCGCGUCAAAAAAUUUUAUUUUGGCGUUCCAAACAUCUUCCACAGUUUUACACAAGCCAAACUUCUCAUGACUUUGUUUUAACAAUGGUUUUUGUUUUGCUACAUUUCCAUAAACCCUUUCCCCGGGUUUAUGGAAUUGUCUUCACAACAAGUGGAUUUAUUCUGACAUUAAGCUUCCACACAAGUGGAAGCUGUUUAAUAAUAUGAAACAACUUGAUUGCACUGGAUUUUUAACGGAAUUGCAAAAAGUAAAAUAAUCCAAAUUCCUGCCACACUUUUUAGAUUAUUGCAGAACAAGUUUAUUUUCCUUCCACUUGAUAUUAAUCACCGUUUCCUGUGUUCAUCUGUUGUAAAAUGGUAUCAAAAUGCAUUGAAGUUUCUGUUGCACAACAAAAUAUGCAUAAGUUCCAAGUUAUACAGACAUCUAUUGAAAAGAUGCUUCAAUAGAUGUGUUGACUAGGCAAGCAAGUAAUCCAUGUUUGAAAUCCGCAGCAGCAAAUUCACAGCCUGUUUAAAGAGGCUCUCAGUAGCAGUACAAUACCAUUGUACUACUACUGAGUACAAUGGUACAAUGGUACUCAGUACCAUUCUAUAAGAGAUUCUAUAAGAGAGCAAUAAAAUCACAAGACAGCAGAGGUAGAUGACCUUUUUAUGGCAGGGAAAUGAGAAAUAAUCACAUUAGGUCAGGUGAAAAACAAAUUCCAGGAAGUAGACCUAUCCCUGACAAAUCAGAAGCAAAAAUGAAACCUUCUCUCACUUCAAAAACUGGCCAAACAAGUCUUUAGAUUAGUC